AUGUCAAACACAAUCAACGGCAAGGAAGUCGCGCCGUCAAUCGACGUGAAAAACCUCAGCUAUGCCUUCCCAGAUGGCUCAAGUGGGCUGAAGGAUGUUUUCCUAGACCUACCACCUGGUAGCAGGACACUUCUGAUCGGAGCUAACGGUGCGGGCAAAACCACACUUCUCCGCCUACUCUCCGGCAAGCGCAUGGCCCCCUCCGGUACCGUCCACAUCGCGGGCAUCGACCCCUUCAAGAUGGGUCUUGAGGGUGUGACCUAUCUUGGUCUUGAGUGGGUACUCAACCCCAUUGUCCGUACCGAUAUCGACGUGCCCACGCUUCUAUCCUCCAUUGGCGGCGAUCACUACACCGAGCGCCGCGACGAGCUCGUACGCAUACUUGAUAUCGACCUCAGCUGGCGCAUGCACGCCGUAUCAGAUGGCGAGAGGAGACGUGUACAACUCGCCAUGGGUCUGCUGCGACCGUGGACCAUCUUGCUGUUGGAUGAGAUCACAGUUGAUCUAGAUCUGCUGUCGCGUAGCAACUUCCUCAACUUCCUGAAGAAGGAGACACUGGAGCGUCCAUGCACUAUCGUGUAUGCGACUCACAUCUUGGACAAUCUCGCGACAUGGCCUACACAUCUCGUGCAUAUGAGCUUGGGCAAGGUCAAGAAGUGGGGUAGCGUUGAGGAGAUGGACGUCAAGGUCGAGCAGGGCGAGCGCAUGUACACUGGAAACAGUCAAUUGGGUGAGCUGGUGUUGAAGUGGCUACAGGAAGACCUGACAGAGAGAGGACCAAGAAACGGAAAGGGUGAGGGAGCGACAUACCAGAGUCUAGAGGGCAAGGGCGGUUAUGGAGCUGAGAAGAGGGUGGAAGACAAGUGA